UCCGCGGGAAGCUUCGCGCCACUGUUUCCGGGCGGCGGAGCUGCCGAGCCCCCCCUCGCGGCAAGAGGUGGACACCCUGGCUUGGGGGCCCGCGGUCUACCCGACUUCGAAGUAGUUGAAUGAGCCUCGGAGCAUGCGCGGUCAGGCCGGCCAUGAAAAGCAGAUCCUAUAUAAGCAAUAAAGACUGCUGAGCGAGACUCUCAGCCAAGCUGAGCUGCGUAGAAGAGGCAGAGACCAGCCAAGAUGCCUGGAAGAUACCCUCCAACUUGUUUUGCUGCCUGCUGACACCCAGCUUCUGCAGAACUGAAAAUAAAUGUCUCAUUUUUGCUACUCUGAGUGUCCAGUAUUUUUAUCAUGAACAGCCUCAAUGGAAUCCAUGGGCCCAAGUGAUUAUAACAUAAACAAAACUUCAGGAAGUCUUGGAAAGAAAGCCACCAGGAAGUAGUCCUAGGCCAGAUCACAGCCCUCUUUGGCAUCUUACACAGUUGCCACAAUGCUAGACUCGUCAGUAGCAGAUCAGAUGACCCAACUGACACUGAGACUCCUGGAACAGAAGCUGGAGCAGGAGCGAGAGAGCAUGGACAUGCCAGGACAGAAGAACAGGCCAGACACUGCCCUGCAGAGUGCUCUGAGGAGAAGAAAGGACCUUUUACAGAGACUCUGGGAACAGAAGCUAAUGGACGAGCAUGCCCCAGAUCAUGCCUGGAGGGAGGUACAUGGAAGAGCUCUGGUGCCAGCUCUGCAUCCAGACGUGCCUCCCAUGGAUGUCUUCCCUGAUGCCUCCCCACCUCUGCCUCUACCCCCAGAGCCACCAAGGAUUGUUCAGCACCAGGUUCCGCAGCCUCCUGCCACCAUCAUUCAGCAGCUACCACAGCAGCCGCUGAUUGCACAGAUUUCUCCUCCUCAGGCCUUGCCCUCUCAAAGGUCAGGAAAUAUUAAGGAAGGUAUGUAUGUGCUCAAUAUUGACAUUGUUUAUGAAAUUAUAUGCUGA